AAAUAUCUUCUCUUUUAUAAUUUUCAAUUGAAUAAUUUGUUGAUGCGUAUUUAAAAAUAACAAAGUGAAAACAUAAUAUAGAAAAAUUUUAGUUCUUAAUACAAAAUUUGCGUCACAUUUCAAUAACGUCACUCGUGAUUAGAGUAAACGCGUAUAAGAUAUGUAGUUGGUAUGACACAUAGCCUAGAAAUAUUUAACUUUCAAAACGACUUGUGCAAAACGUUUUGUUGUGAUUAUUAUGUAAAAUAUUUGUGAAAACUUACAAACAUUACAACUAGUACUAUUUUAAUUUUUGUGAUUUAAUAUUUACUUCCUAAAUUUUCCUAUCAACUUUAGAAAAACAUGAUCAUUUAUUUCAUAACUUUUUGCAUUUACACGAAAACUCAUGUACAAUUUAAAUCAGCAUGUGUGUAAUUCUGGAUUUCCAGAAAAUACGUUUUUAGCAGGAUAAUUGUGAAAAUUGUAAAUAUACGAACAAAUAUAUACUUAUUUUCCUCAAAAUUUAAGUUUAAUGUUUGUAUUAAGUGAUAACCUUGGGAAGUUUGAGACAAAGAUAUAGUUGAAAAAAAACUGAAUGAUUGGAAUAAAUAUACUCUACAGGAGGAUGUUUCUAAAAAAUAAUGAUUAUUGUUCAAAUGCAAUUGUUUUUACUAAUCAUUAAUAAGAACAAUAUUUAAGAUACAUGAGGAAAGAUAAAAAAGGAUUUUUUCAAUGCCAUGUGAAGAUCAGUUUUGUUAUUUAAAGUUGAUAAUCAUGGACGAAAGGAGGGUAGCAGACUACUUUGUUAUUGCUGGUUUAUCAGGGCAAGACAAUGAUUUUGAUAAUGAUAAUGAAAAUGACCAGUUAGAAGAUUGGUAUCAAGAAGGAACACAUGUAAAAGACACAAAUAUGAAACCUCCUAUUACUGAUCUUGCUAUUAUAUUUCCGGCAUUGGGUGAAAAAUGUCCAGAAGGGUAUGUUUUGUUAGAACAUACUGUUUCAGGGUUACCUGCAGACUUAAAUCAUGGAAGUUUAAGAACAAAUGAAUGUUACUUAUGUUAUCGACGAGGGCGUGAUAAACCACCAUUAGUUGAUAUAGGUGUAAUAUAUGAUGGUAAAGAACGUAUAAUGCAAGAUGCUGAAAUGAUAUUAGAAACUCCAAAAGGACAUUUAGCUAAUGUGAAUAAUUCAGCUGCAAGAAUAUUUGUGACAUAUAGACGAGCAACUCGUAAAAUGCCAUGCAACUCAUUAGUCGUGACUGAUAUUUGUGUAAUAUUAACAAAUAAAGGAGAAACUCCCCCACAUGCAUUCUGUGUUAUCAAUAAAAAUUUGAACAAAGGCAUGUUGGGUAGUGAUGUAUUUCUGUGUUAUAAGAAAUCUAUGAAUCGGGCAAAUUUGAUAUCUUUUAAACCUACAAUACUGUAUAAAUAUCCAAUAGUUGAUUACAGCAGUUUUAUUUUUCCAAAUUCUGUGGCAAUGUUUUGUUUGCCAAUGGGAGCAACAAUAGAAUGCUGGCCCAAAGUAGCAUGUAAACCUAAGCCAGUGUUUUCUACAUUUGUUUUGACAGUUGCUGAUGCAGCUCAAAAGAUAUAUGGAUCAGCAAUAACAUUUUAUGAAGAACUCGAAUUAGAAAUGGAUAAACCAAAUUUUAAGGAAAACCAACAACCAACGGAUGUACUCAUGGAGAAUAUGAAGAAUUCUGUUGAACACGCAGAAAUUGUUGACUACCAACAGUUAAAAAUGAAAACGCAGAAGCAAUCUGGAAUAUUUAAAAAGCUCACACUAGCUCAGUUAGAAAAAUUACAGUAUACAAAUCCUGCAACGCAAUCUUUGAACAUUAGUAAAUCUAUAUGCAUCUUAUCACAUUGGCCGUUUUUUGACACAUUUGAGAAAUUUUUAGUUUUCUUACAUAGCAUGUGCAAUAGCAAACCGCAACAAGUUCCUAUUGAGAAAUAUAUAGCAUAUUUUUUGUAUGAUAUACCAUUUCCAAGUCCACAGAGACCGAGAAUUCUUGUGCAGUUAAGUACUAAGGACAGAUUAAUUUUGACUCAACCAGAAGAUUUGGCGCUUCCUAGGUCUGGUGCCAGUUUUCGACAGUUACUCAUAAAUUUAGGACCCGAUAAUUGUUUACUUAUAUUAUUGUUAAUCCUUACUGAACAAAAGAUACUUGUACAUUCGUUACGUCCUGAUGUACUUACAUCGGUGAGCGAAGCAAUCGCUAUGAUACUAUUUCCAUUUAAAUGGCAGUGCCCGUACAUACCUUUGUGUCCUCUUGGAUUGGCUGAAGUCCUGCAUGCUCCACUGCCGUUUUUAAUAGGAGUGGAUUCCAGAUUUUUUGAUUUAUAUGACCCUCCUUCUGAUGUUAAUUGUGUAAAUUUGGACACGAAUAAUAUAGCAAUUUGUGAUGAUAAAAAAUAUUUAAAUGUAAAACUAUUACCAAAGAAAGCAGCUAGACAGCUUAGAAAUUGUUUAGAGCAUCUUUAUUCGAAGUUGAUUUCUUUGGGCAAAAGUUAUUCAUCAAUGAAAGACACAGAAGAUGAAGAAUUUAGUGUGGAUAAAGAAUUUCAGCAGAAGCGAAAAGAGCAGGCUCUGGAGCUCGAAAUACAAGACGCUUUUCUAAGAUUUACCGCUACUAUACUCAAAGGUUAUCGUGCUUUUUUACUACCAAUUACCAAAGCGCCAACAGUUGGUUCCACAGACCCAACUAGUUUGUUCAAUAUACAAGCGUUUCUUAGAAGUCGGGACAAGGCUCAUGCGAAAUUUUAUAGUAUGUUAGUGAAAACGCAAAUGUUUAUAAGAUUUAUAGAAGAAAGGAGUUUUGUAUCUGAUAUGGACAUGGCGGGUUUAGCAUUUUUUGACGAAUGUACCGAACGCAUCGAAGAAGAAAAUGUGCCUCUUUUGGAACUGGAUGAAUCUCAGCAUAGCGAACGGACAGUAUUUAUACCUCCGCCUGAAGCUGGCCCAAAUCAAUCGCCGAUAGUAUAUCGUACAUUUAAACUAAAUCCUGAUUUAAUAAGACCACAAAAGAAUUUCAACAUAGGAAAUCCGAAUUUAAGUGCCUUCGGAAUAGUACCAGGAAGUCCUAUGGCACGUAGAACCAAGCAUGAAAUUAAAGUAGCACAAAGAAUGGCGCGCAAACAAGCAGCGAUGCCAGAUAGAUGGGGUAGAUGUCUACUUGGAACUUGUUACAGCCUUUGGUUUUUGCAUUUACCGGCUAUGCUACAGGUCUCGAAUCAACCGGCUACUAUCUUACAUCAAGCUUAUGAUUUAUUAGUCAAAAUGCCGAAAUUACAUCUUGACCCUAUCGAAGAAGUUUGCUAUAGAGCUAUGAUGCAACUUUGUGGCGUUUAUGGACAGCCUGUGCUAGCUGUAAAAUUAUUAUUUCAUAUGAAACGCAGUGGAGUUCAGCCAAAUGCACUCACUUAUGGAUUUUAUAACAAGGCUGUACUCGAAGCAACUUGGCCAUCUGAUAUGACAAACUCCAGUCAAUUGAUGUGGAAUAAAUUAAGAAACGCUAUAGUUGGAGCUGCUUUGUUUAAGAGAGCUGGUAAAAGAAGCGCUAGAAGAAGGUUGAGUUCCAAUGCAGAAUUAUUAUCUGUCGAUGGCAAAACUGCAAGUAUGGAACAUGCAUUUUCUAGAUCUAGUCUUGACAGUUCUCAUUCUCAAGACACAGAAGCUGCCCACAGUGAUUCUACUAAAGGGAGCUCUGUCCCAGAUCUGCCAGAAUAUGGACCUUUUGAAAUAAAAAAGCUUCCCCGGCAAAAUAGUAUUGUUAAAGAUUCAGUAGCAUUAAGUGUUAUGCCAACAGAGGAAUUGGAUAAUAUGUCGUUGAGUCAAAGAAUAAUUCGAAAUUUGGAAUCACCAUUGAAAAGUCCUAUUCGGACACCAGUCACAGAAAAUGACCCAUUAGGUGCUUUGAUUAAUGACGAAACUCCGAUUGUCUCACCUUCCGAGGAGAAUGAUUCAAAUUGUUCCACAAGUACUUUAACUGUUUUUAACAACACCGAAGAACGCCCAGGAGGACCUCUUUUAUUUCGAAGUAAUAUUUUGCCUCGUAGUGCAACAUUUCAUCAAACGGUAGAUGAAACUGGUGUCGUGAUAGGUGGACAUUUGCAGAGGAGUGAAACAAUGCCACAUUCUGUUGCACAGCAAAGUGAGCAAGAUAAGGAAAGAGAACGGCUAGAAAUAAGCAGUCUUUGGUCUCAAAAGGACAGCGUUACUUCCAGUCUUUCAAGUUUAGGCUCCAGUUUGAAGUUGAGUUUUGGUCCUACUAGUUUGACAGGAAAGAAAUCUAAUGAAAUAAUACUCGGUGGUUUAAAUAGUCUAAAAUCUGCUGCUACAACAGUGGUAAAAAAGUUUGAUGAGAUCAAGGAAGCUAUAUCUGCGACAAGUACCCCUGUGAAAAUAAAGGAGCGCGAGAUAAGUAAAAUACUACAUGGAGCAUCACACGAGUCGUUGGACUCGAUGACGGAUGGUUCUUUACAAGACAGAAACGAGCCUCUUAAAGUAUCUGGAGACGGAACUCUAGAUCCUUAUACGUUAUACGAUUUGACUGAAUGUUUAUAUCCAAAAGGAUCGAGAGAAUUAGAUGAACGGAUUGCUAUUGAGCUUGUACUCUCUAGUGCGAGUAGAUGCCAUCAUUGCGCCUCUAUCCUUUACGACGAAGAAAUAAUGGCCGGUUGGCAACCAGAAGAUUCAAAUUUAAAUACAGUUUGUCAGUACUGUGAUAAAGCAACAGUACCUCUACUUACUAUCACAAUAUUAGAUUAUAGAUGCGAGGAAAAUGAAAAGAAGAGUGACCCUCUAAUGGGAGCUUUGGUUGAAUUAUUAGAUAAACCGAAAGAAUUAUUAGAACCUAUUACGGUGCCAUACUUGAAUCCUCUAGUUUUAAGGAAAGAACUAGAAAGUGUUUUAAGUCAAGAAGGUGACGCGUGUCUUACUAAACAUAAAUUUAUCGAGGAACAUCCAAUCGUAUACUGGAAUCUUAUAUGGUAUUUCGAAAGAAUUAAUUUAAUGAGUCACCUUCCUGAUCUGUGGCUAGGCAACGAUAAGAAAAAGGAACAGAUAAAUUACAGUGCUGUAGGUGUCAAAACUAUGUGGGAUAAUGAAAGGCUUCACAUGGAUCGCUUGCCUAUGUAUCUUCAAUGGAAACUGAACAUCGCAGAUGACAAAACAUUAAUGCAGUCAGUGAUCACGAAUGUUCGUCGGAAUGAUCUAGCGGAACCUAUAAAAAGAGUGGCCUUAGAAAGAAAUAAAAAUCAAUCAACUAAUCAACCGCUAUUUUCUAUAUAUCGAGAUAUUUUGUUUCUGGCAUUUACAGUUUUGGGGAGAGGGAAUAUUGACCAAGGUGUUUUCGAUAGAGAAUACACACUAUCUUUGGAAAGAUUAACAGAAAAAGAAGAGAAGCUGUUGUGUAAAAUUGAUGCUCCGCCCUCGAUGAUGUCAGUAUUUUGCAGACAUUACUUUAAGCAACUAAGUGUGUAAAGUUAAAAUUAUCGGUAUCGAGAAAGAUGGUGUAACAUAUUGUAAGAAUGAAUAGUACAUUCAUGAGAGGUGUUACAGAUUUAUCUGUGAUGCCUGAUUUUUGGUGUAGAACAAAACACGUAAGAUGUCAAAAUUGAUAGUAAAUUAUACAUUUUAGAUAAGUAUUUAUGAUUAUUAAUUUCGAACAAAAAUUGGUGAUUAGUAUUAUUUUAAAAAUUUUGCACUUUUUUUCACGAUAAAAAGAUAAAAGAAUAAAAUUUAUCUG